AUGCCUGACAUUAUUAAGAAACAGGUCUGUGGCUGAUUUACUUCAUGAAUAAUGUUCAUGUCUGUAUGAGCCACAUGCAGUAAGAAGUCUGCUCCUCAUCUUGUGGAAAAGGAGAGAGAGUCAUUCAAUUGUAAAUAUAAUAUUAAUAUAACUCAUUUCAAAGAAAAUGCAUCUUUGGAUUAAGGACAGAACUUUCUUAUCAGCUGAGCUCAGCUCACACGUUCAGGCCAGACAGAUCUUCAGAUCACGGACACGUUCAGCUCUAGUUCUACUGAGCGUUUACUUUCACUUUACCGACAAAACAACACGUGACAGGCACGAGAAGAAGGAAAACAUUUAGCCUGUUUGUAAUGAAGCAGCUGAAAGGUCCGGGUCCCCUGACAGCCUCUCAGGUCUAUUUUAAAUUACUUUUAUCUUAAUCUGAAAAUCUCCUGCAGGAUGUGCACAGCUGUUGAUUAGGUAACAGGUUAAAUGACACAGAGAAAGAGUUUUUUUUUUCUCACAGGGAGCAGAUGAUCUGGAUCCUUCUGCUCGUCGGCCUGAGCUCCUCUGUCUGUGGGGUGUUUGGAGUUAAGAUGCCUCUGAACCUCUGUCAGGCAGAGGAGCACGACAACAUCAUCAUCAGAUGGGACAUUCAGACCAAAGCCGACCUGUCCCUCGCCAACCUCGUCUGUUUUCUCCUGUCGAAGCCUCUUAAGGUUUUGUAUCAGACGAUAGACGGUGUCGAGGAUCCAGAGUCUCAGCAUCAGCAGUUUGCAGGACGGGCUCAUUGUGACAGAGACGCUCUCAGAGAGGGACGAGUCACGCUUCACGUGUCCAGAGUCACAGCUCAAGACUCAGGAAACUACUGGUGUUAUCUGGCUGCUAAUUAUGACAGCGCCAGGAAGCGCUGGUCGGUGGAGGCCUCUGAGCAUUUGGUCUUGAGCGUGACUCAGACCUCACAUGGAGAGAGCGGUGAUGUUUCCCUGACCUCACCAAAGCUAACUGAAGGUACAGACGACACCGCAGGAGAUCCAGUGAAGGAAGCAGUCAGAUCAGAGUAUUGGAGACAAGUUAGAAUUGCUUUUGGACUUGCAAACGUUGCAGUUCUAAUAUUUGCAGGUCUAGUGUGUCUACUAUGUGCAGCGACAGAGUUCAUUCAUUGUGACAGAGGACGGUCAAGACCAAGUUUGAGGUCCUGAUAAAAACCAGCACUGAGAAGGAACCGCUCCCCAUGUGAGCGGACAUCUGGCCUCAGUUAGUUCAAAUUCACAGAUAUAGUUCUGGGCAUUGAACCUGUAGCACUCAAACCCAGAAUGACCAAUUCCUCAUUUGAAGCUGUUGUGAAUGUAUUGAGCUAUAUUUUCUUGUUAUUUCUGUUUUUAAACUGUUUUUAAAACCACAAAAAUAUUAGUUUUUCCUUCUGAAAUGCACGUUUUAGCUUAAAGACAAAUUGUGAUGCUAUUAUUUCCUAAAAUGUUAAAGUGUAUUAUUUAUGUUAUUUACUUUUUAAAUUUGUUGUGACAGUAGGAGCAUGUAUGAAUUGUAUUAGACACAUCUGUUAUAGUUGGUUGUCAAAAUCUCUAAAUCAACGACAGACUUGAGAUCAGCUUUAGAAAUACAGUCU